CGCUAUCCAGGAAAAGGUAGUAAUCUGAUUGCACCGGGUCUCUCGUGCUCCUUUUUGGUGAAAUUAGUCUCGUCUGAUCUUCAAGACGAUGUGUGUGAAACACUUCGAAUUUUUUACCGUCCAGAAGAAGAACCUCUGAAAGUGCGGAUUUUUGCUAAAAGGGAAGAAGAGUACAUUAAUUUAACUCUAGUUCCUCAAGUGGUCGAUAUGGGCCUUUGUCUAGUGAAUUCAUCAUUAAGUAAGAUGGUGCCCUUUAACCUUUUCUCACAAAAACGUGCACGCAUAUUUCUCUGCCCCGAUUUCGAUGGAGUGUUCGAUGUUUCACCAAGUGAAUUCGAACUUGUUCAUGAAAUGGCAACAGAAGCUCAAAUUAAAUUCAGACCUGUAGUUAGUGGAGAAUUUCAAACUACAAUUCAAGUUGAAUCCGAAAAUCGACACGUUGGAGAGAUUAUGUGUCAUGGUACGAUGUGUUUGGGAUAG